CUUCUGUUACAUUUCUCACCGACGGUUGCUUUUCAUGAGGAAAAGCCGUGAUUAUUACGUUAUGGGGGGUGUGGGUUGUUUGCGAAGCCCCGUCGUACGGAAUCGGACACCCCUGCGUGCGCUUUGUUGAUCGAACCGCACACUUUUCACCAUGAAAAUAUAGCGGCUUUUCCCAAACCACUGUAAAGGAAGGCAAUCCAAAGGAUGAAGGAAAUUCCCUAAGAGUAUCCUUUUCUGCCUUUUUUUUUUAAAGAGCUCGGAUUAUGCAUUCAUUUUAGCACAACCAUACACACCGGUCAUUUCAUAUAAUACCGAAUAACAAAAACAAAGCCCUACAAGUGGUCCGAUAUCUUUUAUUGUGUAUAAGAACAGACGUAGAUUCGUAUUAAACGUCUUUUUGUCUGUCAUCGGACGGCUCGACAGUGUUGCAGCCAGCUGCGGUUAUUAUUUGAUCCAUUGCUAUUUUUAACAUCAUGAUCUAACCGAUCUCAGAUAGCCUCCACAAAUACACUGCAGACCUUUUUGCAAUCGUUUUUUACGCGUGGAUCUCCAGCCUGCGUGAUUUUAAGCCGUCUCUCCGUGUCGCUUUGGCCAGGAGCUUUAUAAAAAAUCUCCCCUCCCCCAGCUUUGGCGAAACAGGAACAACUUCUUUGAGAGAGCGAGCGAGAGGGAGAAAAAAGGGCUGCAUAAGUUUGGGACGUCUUGGAUCAGCCAUGUACUCCGCUUGGUCGUUUCUAGUCCGGAGCUGAGAUUUUUACCCCACUUUUUGGUUGUACCUCGGAUCGUCGGAGCCUUUUGUUGCCGAGAAGCCUCGGGCGUCCGUGCUCUUGGUUUUUCCUUAGGAAAAUGGGAUACCUCUAGGAUUAUAACCGGGGAAAGGCGCUCGCUUGUGGAAUAACUUCACUUUUUUCCCUGCCGAGAAUGGAAUUCGCGGAGCUCCGGUUGACCAGGCUUUGAUUUUUCCUCAUGAAUCCCAAAUGCAAUGGAAAAGUGUUUGAUUAGGAUUAUUUGCAGUCGCCGUGUCUAUCAUGGUUUAACUUUAGAUCGGAGUUGAACAUCGGGUAUAAACAGACUGAGCUCGCUUAAAUUGUGUACAACUAGACUGGUUUGUGGUGUUUGGCUUGAGCCUAUGGCCUCUCGAGCUCACUAAUUUAAUUAACGGAAGAAGAGGCGCUCACAAAUUAACGUACAAAUUUUCGGUGGAGAUUUAUUUGCACGCUCUUCAGAUGAGGGAGAACGGGACAUUGUGAAACCUGAGGGGUGUUCAAGAUUGUAGUGCAGUUGGUGGCAUUCUGUUGCAGUCUGAGCAGUCAUGGCCACAGCUAUAUCGUGACACAGCGGGACAUGUGUGGCCAGGGGCUGUGAGGGCUCCUCGGGGAGACUCCAGACAAGCCCACACAGAGAAUGCUGGAGGUGCAGGAGGAGAGACCAGCAGCAGCAGCCACAGCGACGGCCUCGGCAACCGCCACAGCUACUGGAACCGCGGGAAACGCUUCAGGCAGGAAGGAGAGGGCCAAAGAACGGCAGGAGGAGGGCCGGGACUGCAGCAGCCCUGUCGCAACCCCCAACGCCGGGCCCAGGAGCGGCCGGGCCAAAACGACGCCCACCGGUGCUCACGCGCACUCCCACAGACAUACGCCCAGUCCGCACCAGCACUCUACUGCUCCUGCCUCUGUCGCCCCGGGACUGACGUCAAUGCAUUCCAGCAAUCCCAAAGUGAGGAACUCUCCAUCGGCUAACACUCAGAGCAGUCCAAAAUCCAAGCAGGAGGUCAUGGUGAGGUCGCCCCCCGUGAUGUCCCCCUCCAGUGCCGCACAGAUGGACUCCAAACUGCCCAACCAGGGAAAGCAAGGGGGUGCCGGCAGCCAAUCCCAGCCCUCUCCUUGUGACCCGAAGUCGCUGAGUGGAAGCCACACCCCCAAAGGUCCCCAGGGCCCUAUAGGGAGUAUGGGACUCAAAAAUGGACAAGGCCUGAGUUCAGGCAAUGGAGCUAAAGGCAAGAUUAAAAGAGAGAGAAGCACUUCUGUGGAGUCAUUUGAACAAAGGGAUACAGGAACGCCUAGCAAUGAAGGGGACCAGAAAGAACUAGGUAGUAGAGCGAAAAGGUUAUGUGUUGGAGAGCGACGGUUGCCUUACAGCGGUGCAGAUUGGUGUUCAGGUGGAGAGAGCGACGAUGAUGACACGGGAUUCUUCAACUGUAACUCUUCAGACAUAAAGCCAGAUCCAGGCUCUCUUUCUGCCUCCACGCCAACCCACAAUACAGUUGGAGGACAAAGCACAGCGUCUGAACUGGGGAGCGGGCAGAAACCUGGGUCAAAGGUUGUUUACGUCUUCACCACAGAGAUGGCCAACAAGGCAGCAGAUGCAGUCAUAACAGGUCAUGCAGAAAACAUCAUCACUUAUCACAUGAAUAAUAUCUCUAACGGCAAGGGUGGAAAGCCUCAGCUACCCCUGAACAAUCAGAUUGGGUCCCUCAGAUCUGACACAAAACAGCAGGGAGUUUCGUCCCAGCAACAGCCCUCAUCUCACUCUAGUGACCAGAACCACCAAGCAGCCUCUAAAGUAGCGCAGUCAGGCCAGCAGCAGCAACCUCAAGCGCAACCCACCCAACCUCAGCAGCCAAGCCAGGGGGCCAAACCAUCUAGCCUUCCUCCAGACAGUGCACCUUCAGGGGGUAUGGACUCUAAGAGCCUCCCUAGCAGUAGCCCACAAGAUGGUGCUGGAUCCCAUGACGGUAGCAAUUCUGCUGGGACACCUGGUAGCCAGGCCUCUAACCAGCCUCCAAAUGCUGGUCCUCAACAUAGCUUCCCAUCCCUAGAUCUGCCUAAAGGAGCAGAUGCUAAGCUUACUGCUCAACAUCACCAGCAGCUGGCUCAUGAGAUCAUGUCUAGCAUGGGGGACAACAGUGAGGGACUUUCUCAAGAGCAGCUAGAGCAUCGUGAGCGUUCCUUACAGACUUUGCGUGAUAUACAGCGCAUGCUCUUCCCAGAUGACAAAGAGAUGGCUUCCAUGGGUCAAGGAAACAUGGGCGGACCUCCACCCAAUGCUGCAAUGUUGGAAGGGGUCCCCAAGAAACAAGAACAAGGGCCUCUUCAAGCCAUGAUGGCCCAGUCACAAAAUCUUGGGAAAACUUGUGGCCCAGGAGGGCCACGUCCAGAUGGACCCCCCUUUGGCCCGCCAGUUCCUAGAGACAUGAAUUUCUCCCCAGAUGACCUUGGACCUCCUCCGCAGGGUCCAGGACCUAUGAACUCACAUCCAGGCCAGGGUGGAGAGCAUGGAGACCACAUGACACCAGAACAAAUGGCCUGGCUAAAACUGCAGCAGGAUUUCUAUGAGGAGAAAAAGCGCAAACAGGAACAGAUGCAGCACAGACCAAUGGGAGACAUGAUGCUUCAUCAGGGUGGACCUAGAGGGAUGAUGCGAGGUCCACCACCACCCUACCAGAUGAACCCUGGAGAAGUCUGGGGCCCUGGUGGCCCUGAACCAUUCCCUGAACAGAUGAACAUGGGCCCCAGAGGCAUGCAUCCACACAUGCAGAGGAUGCCUGGCUUCCCAGGUAUGAUGAACCCUGACAUGGAUGGAGGGCCCAAUUCUAUGCCCAGACCGGGAAUGAACUGGCCUGAUGAUAUGCCCAAAAUGGGAGAUGGGAGGGGGUUUCCACCUGGCCAAGGAAUGUUUGGUGGUCCAGGUGGAAGAGUAGAAAGAUUUCCCAACCCUCAGUCUGUCCAGGAUGCUAUGUUCCAUCAGGGUAUGGGUGAUAAACAAGGCAUGGGGCUUCCACAUGGCAUGAUGAUGGAGAUGAAUCGAAUGAUGGGUAACCAAAGACCUAUGGAGCCUGGGAAUGGGGGUGGCAUGAUGUUUCCCAGAAUGCCAGUUGAUGGCCCCAUGAGCCCCUCCUCUAGGAUGGAGUUUGUAAAAGGACUUGGCCGUGACAUGGGUGAAUUUGGCAUGGGACCUGGAAAUCUUAAUGUAAACAUGGGGCCUAAUCCUCAAAUGAUGCCCCCCAAGAUGAGAGAUCCAACCAUGAAUCUUAGUCCAGAGGAAAUAAUGAAGAUGAGGCAAGGUGGAGGACCAAUGCCUGACAAUGUGGUUGUUACAUCACAAAGAAUGAUGCAAGGGCAUCCUUUCCCUGACCAGCCUCACCCAGGUGAUCUCAACAUGGGACCUAAUCGACAGUUUCCUGGCAUGGGUCCCCAAGGCCCUGGGAAUCAAAGGGGUCCCAGAGGCGAGCCCCCUUUUGGCCCAGACCAAAGAGGAGGUAAUGUUGGUGGAAAUGGUCGUCUCAGUCACAUGCCUCCUUUACCUCCCAACCAAGGUCCCAACAGCUCAGGCCCUCCACCUGGUCAGAGAAAUAUAGGUCGAAAACCCUCAGACCUGAGUGUACAGUCUGGCCCUGGGAACUCGCCCAAUGUCAACCCGCUGAAGUCACCAACACUGCGGCAGGUCCAGUCACCUAUGCUGGGCUCACCAUCAGGUAACCUCAAGUCCCCACAGACACCAUCCCAGCUGGCUGGCAUGCUUAGUGGACCAUCAGCUGCAGCCGUAGCAGCAGCUGCGGCAAUUAAAUCUCCUCCCAUGAUGGGAUCAGCAGGGGCAUCACCCGUCCAUAUGAAGUCUCCUUCCCUUCCUGCCCCCUCUCCAGGCUGGACAUCAUCACCCAAACCACCCAUGCAAAGCCCAGGAAUUCCUCAGAACAAGCCUCCCCUUAGUAUGACAUCACCAAAUAUGAUGGGCAGUGUAGAACAAGGUGGUAAUCCUUCAGCUCCUCCAUCCAGUAGUUCCACCAGUCAACCAGGCUCCAUCAAUGUUCCAGGAAGUCUUCCAUCCAGCAGCCCCUACACCAUGCCCCCAGAGCCAACGUUAUCCCAAAAUCCUCUUUCGAUUAUGAUGUCUCGUAUGUCCAAGUUUGCCAUGCCGAGCUCUACACCCCUCUACCAUGACGCAAUCAAAACUGUGGCCAGCUCCGAUGACGACUCGCCGCCUGCUCGAUCUCCAAACCUGCCAUCUAUGAACAACAGCAUGUCUGGAAUGGGUUUAAACCAUCAUCCAGGACAUCCUCGAAUGAUGACGCCCAACUCUUCUGGCCCCAUGCCUUCUCUCAGCCCCAUGGGGAUGAAUACUAUGGGCUCUCAGCCACUUUCCCAUGGUAUGCCAAACCAGAUGCCCUCACCUAACCCCAUGGGCCCCAGUAUGCCUCCUCAUGGUGGGCCUAUGGGCCCAGGCAUGAUGCCUCAUGGUAUGAUGAUGAACCCUGUCUCCCAAGACCCUGGCAUGGGCAACAAUCAGAUGAUGUCACAAGGACGCAUAGGUCUUCCUCAUCGAGGACAGGGCUUCCCCCCGGGGCAGUCACCUCCACAGCAAGUUCCCUUUCCUCACAACGGUCCUGGGCCCCAGGGUGGCUUCCCUCAUGGAAUGGGUUUCCCAGGAGAAGGUGGUCCACUAAGCAGAAUGAGCAGUAUGCCUCAUGGGCCUGGUGGAGAGCCAGGUAUGUGUAAACCUAACACCCCAGGAGGACAGGAGUUCAAUAACAUGCCGGGUGUCUUCAAUGAUUCGGAUCUGCAUGAGGUGAUGCGACCAGGUGCAUCAGGCAUCCCCGAGUUUGAUCUCUCUCGGAUUAUUCCUUCAGAGAAGCCCAGCCAGACUCUGUCCUACUUCCCUCGUGGUGGGGACGCCCCUGGUGGGAAGCCACCCCACCCGUCCGGCCCACCUGGCUUCCCCCAAAUGCAGGGGAUGAUGAGUGAGGGCAACCCAAGGAUGGGCCUCCCCAUGCAGGGAAUGGGAGGUCCUCCAGGCCCUGGACACAUGGGACCACAGGACAUGCCCAUGGGUAACCCAGGCCAUAAUCCCAUGAGGCCCCCUGGUUUCAUGGGUCAGGGUAUGAUGGGGCCGCAGCACAGGAUGUUGUCUCCUGGGCAGCAGCCAGGAAUGAUGGGAGGCCCUGGAAUGAUGCAGGGAAAAGAGAGGCCGAUGUACAACCACCCUGGGCCUGUGGGCUCUCCUAAUAUGAUGAUGUCACUACAAGGGAUGAGUGGUCCUCAGCAGACUAUGAUGAUGCCUUCUCAGAUGAGGCCUCGAGGUAUGGCAGCUGAUAUGGGCAUGGGAUUUAAUCCUGGCCCCGGAAACCCUGGGAAUAUAAUGUUUUGAGCCUCCACUAUAGUUACGAACCAUCUAAACGUCGUAACCUGUGAAAUAGAAACACCACCAUAAAGAAAUACAAAAAGAAACUCUGUGUUCUUAUAGAGAUGUGUGGAAACCAGGACAUUUUCUGUGCACAUACACACACAUGGGUAGAACAAGGUUUAUAGCUUACACAGUGAUGGGUAACUGUCACAUACUCAUGGAUGUGUUCACAGGGAAUCCUUUCCAGUGGUUAAUGUCAUUUAACAGAUGGAAGUGUGGGAGGCUAUGUGUGCUUUCCUCAGAUUUGGACUCAGGCACAGUUUGGAAUAGGCUUUUUUAUGGAAACUUGGGAAUGUAAAUGGAAUUCACAAGACUUGGUAGCGUCAAGGAUAUCUGCUUGAUUUUGUGGAUACGUUGCCACAUAUAAAGCCUACAGCAAACCAAGUAUGAAAGUCUAGAGGUGUCAUUGUACUUUUAUACAUGGGUGGAAACCAAGACUGUUGGAUAAAAGAACUGAACGAACAAACGUAAAAAAAAAAAGGAAAGUCAAGGAACCUUUUGUCACAAGGUGCACCCUCUUGGCUAUAUGUUUACAUCUCAUUGCAUCACUUCCCUCCAGACAGGAAAUGCUCUUUGUAUGUGUGUACUGUACUUGUGUUGUUAAAGGGAUUCUACCAGUGGUUUCUAUAGGUUUUUCCAUCUUCAUUUGUAAAGGGGGGAUCGAGGUGGUCGUUUGUGGCCAAUACAUGACACAACACCACAAAAUACUGUGUACUGUGGGGCGUACAGAAUAUUUUAAAUUUAAGUUUCUUUGCUACUCCAGUGUAUGAUAAAACCAAACUAAGACCUCAUACAGAUCAUAGUAUUAUUAAAAAAGCACAAACAAGAAUUAACUGUAAAGAAUAAAGUGUUUUUCUUUUCUCCUUUUUUUUUUACUGUAGAGAAAAACACUUUGAGAGUCAGUAGGAGCAGUAAUCAGAUGUAUGCAGUGUGGUCUCCCGGUCCUUGUUUUAAAAACGUAUGUAAGCUGGUCUGGGUACAGGUAAGGGGGUGACUAUGAGGGGCCCCCCCAUAAACCAGCACUCAACUCUGCAGUGACGCUCAGGCUACUGUCUGCAUACCCGUGUCUAUCCGACAAGGACUGCGGUCAGGCUGUCGCUGUUUGCCACCACUGCGGAAUUUUUUUUUUUAAUUGCUUGGCUGUGUACAGCUAUACAGUGCAGCGCUGACAACAUCUGAGCUACUGGAGGGUGGGCUUUUUUUUUUGUAGAAAAGACAUGAUUAUUAAAACAAAAACAGAAAAAUGCUAAUAGGUUGUCUUCUUGUCCCUGCCCCCUCCUGUGUUGAUGCUCGUCAUGUGUAACUCCAUUGAAUUUGGUACUGAACCACUUCCUAAGGCUGGGCUGUGGUGUUGGACGACAAAUAAAAUAUAUUGUUUGGUAUAAA